AUGGAUGGGCGGGCACGGGCGCUGCGCGAUGGCGAGCGCUGGCCCUUCACCUGCCGGGCGCCGCUCCCCGCCACCGCGCUCGCCUGGUACCUGGACGGCCGCCCCCAUCAGCCCGACAGCCUGGCCGAGCCCGGCGCCCCCAGCACCUUCACGCUGCCUGCACGCCGCGCCGACCGCCAGCUCACGUGCGCCCUGGCCCCUGCAGUCCCCGGUGCCACCGAUGCCUCCGUGCACUUCGACGUGCAGCUCCCGCCUGAGAUCCUGCGCACGGACACGCACCCAGCUGAGGUUGCGGCGCCCGGGCUGCUCGUGGUGCUGCUGGCGCCGGUGCAGGCCAACCCACCCGCCGCCAUCACCUGGCUCGGCCCCGACGGCCGGCCUGUGGUCAACACCUCCCUGCUGGCUCCUGAUGCCAACGGGCACCCUGCGCUCACCAACCACACCGUGCAUCUCAGCGCCCUGCCCGGCACCUUCUCUGUCCACGCCACCAACGGCCUCGGCGUUGCUAACGCCUCCAUCCCGGCCCCAGGUCUCUGGGACGCCCGCGUGGAGCUGCCGCUGCUGGGGGUCGCUGCCGGCGUGGCCGUGGUGCUGGGCGCCCUGCUGGGCCUGGGCUGCGUGGCCGCCCGCCGCCACGCGAAGCCUGGCACAGGGCUGCCCGGACCCGCGGCCUCGCCUCUGCCCCCCAGCUGCCCCGGCUGCUCGCAGCUGCCCCGUGAGCACCGCUCCCUACCGCCCAACCUGCGCCUCAGCGACCUGGCGCAGGAGCCCCGAGGCAGCCCCGGAGCCACAGGAGAGGAGGCCGCCCGACUGGAGCUGGAGAAGGGCCCGGUGCUCGUGGGCCUCGGGUUCGUCCGCCUGCCCGCCACCGGCUACAUUUACAAGGUGUCCAGCACCAGCAGCGACGAGAUCUGGCUCUGAGACGCUUGGUCCUUGGUGCUGCCCGCCCUGGAUCCCGGCCGUUCUCAUCAUGGAGCUGCGGCGCGGAGCUGGUUCUGUGCUGUGUAUGCAGCUUGUCCUUCGUGUGGCUGCCGAUGGGCCCGUCCUCGGGCAGAACUCGGCUGGCCUUGCCCCAGUUCCCCAGGCUUGACCGUUCUGGGACCCAGGUGCUGUAUUGGGCCGCAUGGGGGACACCUCGUGCCGCGUGAAUGAGAAAGGAGCUCCCCGUUUGGGCUGGGCAGGAGCCCUUGGGAGAGGUUUUGAAAGGGCAGACACGCGCAGGGUGCUGCUGCUCCCGGCUGCCUUGCAGCAGGGAAAGCGGGGCCUGCUCCCGGGAAUACCGAGAGGGCCCCAGCGGACGCCGCUGCUGC